CCCGCCCCCGCCAGCCCGAUGACGGUACCACGUGACCACCCGCCAGCGGCCCCAGCGGCAGCGAACGGACCAACGGCUCGAGUCAAGUCAAAGAUGGCGACCAUGGUGGGAGGUGUCUCAAGACUGAGCCCGGACGAAAAGGCCGAAAUCUACGAACAGUUCAACACAAUUGACAAGAAUGGCGACGGGUCGAUCGACAUGUCGGAGCUCAAGGCGGCCCUGGACAGCUGCGGGUUCAAGCUGCCCAGCUGGAAGGUGCGACAGAUGAUCGACGACUACCACAACAAGAGAAACUUCGAGACCAAGGGGCGCCUCACCUUCGAAGAGUUUGAGCGGCUGUGCGCCGACCUCAAGGCCAAUGAGGUGGCUAGCUCCUUCAAGCAGGUCGUCUCCAAGAAGGAGAACCUGGAGACGCUGGGAGGCAUGUCGGAGGCGUCGAGCGAGGGCACGACCCACUCGGUGCGGCUGGAGGAACAGCUUGCCUUCUCCGACUGGAUCAACUCCAACCUGUGCCACGACCCGGACCUGAAGCACCUCCUGCCUAUCGACGCUGAGGGGAAGGCCCUGUACGACCGUGUGAAGGACGGCAUCCUGCUGUGCAAAGUUAUUAACCUUUCGUGCCCCGAUACCAUUGACGAGAGAGCCAUCAACAAGAAGAAUCUGACUCUUUACACAAAACAUGAAAACUUGACCCUGGCCUGGAGAUCAUCUCAAGCUAUUGGUUGCAACAUUGUUAAUAUUGAUGCCCUUGAUCUUGCCAAGGGGAAGCCCCAUCUUGUUCUUGGAUUGUUGUGGCAAAUUAUUAGGAUAGGGUUGUUUAAUCAGAUUACCCUUGAGAACUGCCCUGGUUUGACCAAUCUGCUCAUGAAUGAUGAACGGGUUGAGGACCUCAUGAAAAUGUCACCUGAAGCCAUCUUGCUUCGUUGGGUUAAUCAUCACCUGGAGAGAGCAGGCACACCAAGAAGAGCUAAUAACUUUACUUCCGACAUCACCGACUCUGAAGUUUAUUCUCUUCUGAUGAAACAAAUUGCUCCCCAAGAUGCUGAUGUAACAAUGGAGGCAUUGAUGGAACCUGAUAUGAUGAAGCGAGCAGAGCUAAUGCUGCAACAGGCAGCUAAACUUGGCUGCCGCAGCUUUGUAACGCCUAGUGAUGUUGUGAAUGGUAUUUAUAAGCUUAAUCUGGCCUUUGUUGCUAAUCUCUUCAACAACCAUCCUGGUUUAGACAGACCAGAAGGAGUGGAAAUUGAAGGAUUAGAGAACCUUGAAGAAAAUCGUGAGGAGAAAACAUAUCGUAACUGGAUGAAUUCAAUGGGUGUCACUCCCUCUGUCAACUGGCUCUACUCUGAUCUUGCAGACGGUCUAAUUAUCUUCCAGCUGUAUGAUAUCAUUCGGCCUGGAAUUGUCAACUGGCCAAGAGUUCACAGAAAAUUUUCAAAGCUUCGUAAAUUUAUGGAAAAGCUGGAAAACUGUAAUUAUGCUGUGGACCUGGGUAAGCAAUUGGGAUUCUCACUCGUUGGAAUUGCUGGACAGGAUAUUAAUGAUGGGAAUGCCACUCUUACCCUAGCUCUUAUCUGGCAGUUGAUGCGUGCUUACACAUUGUCCGUCUUAACACAACUGGCAAAUACCGGAAGUCCAAUUGUUGAAAAAGAAAUUGUCACUUGGGUCAACCAAAAGCUUGCUGGUGCCCAGAAAUCUACCUCCAUUAAGAGCUUCCAGGAUUCAGCUAUCAAAGAUGGCAGAGUAGUUUUAGAUUUAAUUGACGCCAUAAAGCCCGGCACUAUUAACUAUGAUCUCUUCAGAGAUGGUGGUUCUGAUGAAGAUAAUCUAGCAAAUGCCAAAUACGCUAUUUCUAUGGCCAGAAGAACAGGAGCUCGCGUAUAUUCUCUUCCAGAAGACAUUGCUGAAGUGAAACCAAAAAUGGUUAUGACUCUGUUUGCAUGUCUUAUGGCCAUGGAUUACAUUCCUAACAUGGAUUCUAAACUAACUCAGUAAAAUUAUGAGCUAUUAUGCUGCACAGAUCAGUGCUAUUUUAAGUGCCACCUGCCUCAUUCAUCUGUUUGGGAGUAUUUUCCAGCAGGGCAGUUCAUUGUUUUCAUUAUAAUGCACUUGUUUUCAUUUCUUACCGUCACUGUCAAAACCAUUAUGGUUGACCUGUAUCAUUAAAUUAAUAGGUAUUAUCUUAAGUGGUAUACUUACUGUAGGUAUAGACGCAUUGCUAUAGUAUAGCAUUAGUAGAAUCAGUGACACUCCAGUUUCCUGGGUUUAAAAUGAAACUAAAGGUUAAAUUCCUUUAGCGUAGUGCAAUAUAUAACAUUAUUCCAGCCAUGAAUGUUAUAACCAAUUGUUCUGUCUCUUUUUGAUUUCCUACCAUUGGCAGUCUUACUUCAAAUGUUUGAAAAAUGUUAUUUCUUGUUGCAGAAAAACAAUUAGUGAUUCAAAUUUUCUUUUUGAGAAUUCUGUGUUUUCUUUCUUAUAGAUUUUAUUUUGUAGUUUUUUUUUAAGUGUUGUUGACUUUAUGAUAUGUUUAUAAGUUAAAUUAAUUUGUGUUUGUAUUACCCCCCAGUUUAAGAAUCAUGCUUUUAAAGAGAUGUACAAUCUAAAUUGCAUUUUGGCAGUGUGCGAAAUAUGUAUCCACCUUAAUCAGUAAUGACUUCAAGAGAGAAACCACCACCUUUGUCUUAUAAUUUUCAUGUUAACUAGAGGGCAUUUAUACAGCUACUUGUUGCCCUAGUUAUGUAAGUGUGAUUUUUACUUUUAUUGACUGUCCCAUUCUGGACUGUAUCAUUUUUAUUGUUUAUAAUAUGUGUAGAUUGAAAGUUUUUAUGGCUUUUUAAAGUGUCCCAGCCUCUCUUUAUCUAUCCACUUCUUUCUUGUAUUGCAAUGAAAUGGAGUUUGGUAUUUAUUUCUUCCUUUUCUUUCAACUCAUACGAGUUAAGUAGGCCAAGGGAUGAAAGAUGGUAAAGAUAUUGUGUUCACAUAAGCGGGUGUUUACUACCAAAUUUUAUCAUAUUUGGUUCCUCAAAUCAGGGGAACUUGGGUUUUCUGGCCAAUGACUUCAAUGUAUACACUGACUACUAGUCUCACUAUAUUUGUAUACCAUCUUUCAUCAAGGAUUUUAUCCUGUUCAUUCAUAUUUUCUAGUUCAAUUUUGGGGAAAUGUGGUUUCAGUGUGAGUGGGUCUUUCUUUAACAAUAUUAUCAGUAUUAACAAUUUACCUUCCCAUUCAACCUGAAGUCUAAUGGGUUGUAUUUAUCUCUGGUAUCAUUUUUCUAUCUAUCCACUUCCAUAUUAUCCAAAUUGCAUUCCAGGUACCUUAUUGGAUAUCUAUCUAUAAUUGAGAUAUCUAAUAAUUGAAUGGGUUUGGCUGAAACAUAUUUUAGCCUUUAAAUGAACAGUGGACUAUUGCGUAUGACUAUCCUGUAAAAGAGCAGCAUUUAUAUUAAAUUUUUUAAUGCAUGUAUUAUUGUGAAAUCUUGUAGGUAGUUUUUUGAGAGGAAAGCUUUGUAAGGAGACUGUUGAGGUCUCGCUAUUCGCUUUAUUCAUGUGUGAUAUCAGUCAUAAUAUGUUUGCUUGUAUGGUCAAAUUGACCCAUGUAAGAAGAAUCGGAAUUUUUUGUCCAAUGGCUCAAUUUUUAUGUAUAGCUGUGACAUGUUUUUGAAUAAAUUCCAAACAACUUCA